CUUGGCCACUGAGAAGAAAGUAACAGGCUCAGCUAUUGAUAUAUUAGAGGCAGGACACUACCGGACAGAGCUAGAAGGAAUCAGCUAGCCAUGCCUCCAGUUCAGUAAACUGAAACACAGGUAUGCCAAGUGAACUUUUGAAAUGUUUUCCAUCAAAUUACCCAAGAAAAUGCAUCCUGAUCAGUUUUAUCUAACAGCUUUGGGAGGAAAAAAAAGCAAAGAAAUCUACCUUGCCACAGAUCAAGGCAUUUGAUUCUUUCUCUUGCUGCCACCACCUGGGGUGCCUUGGCAUCUGGCCACACCUGGAUCUCUGACACAUACAGGACUCUCCUUUAUCCCAGCCCAGCCUCCAUGCCCACUCUCCUAAGAAUUGUGCAAUGAGACCUUUGUAACCUGAGGCUUGUGAAGUCUGGAAAGGAAUGUGACACAGAGCCAACAGACGUUGCUGCCACCAGGGCUUAGAAGGAGCUUUCCUACCUGUUCACCUGGUGCCUGGGGGAAUCUCAGAAGGGGAAAGAGGGAUAACCAAUUGGCUGAUGAAGUAACAAAUGAAAAGUAAUCUAACUCCACUGACCCGCUUAACCCUGGAUGAGAACAAUGGAAAGGAGUAGCCUUUUGCUUUGAAACAGUGGAACAGCCUGAGAAAAUGGCAUGUAACCUACCUAACCAAAGACAGCGGACUAUGUCUACAUCUGGAGAAGCUCUAUAUGAAGUCCUUGGUCUGCAAAAGGGAGCAUCAAAUGAAGAAAUAAAGAAAACUUACAGAAAGCUGGCCUUGAAACAUCAUCCAGACAAGAAUCCAGAUGAUCCAGCUGCUGCUGAAAAGUUUAAAGAAAUCAACAAUGCCCACGCAAUACUUACCGACAUGUCAAAGAGAAACAUAUAUGACAAGUAUGGAUCACUGGGACUCUAUGUGGCUGAGCAAUUUGGAGAUGAAAAUGUUAAUGCCUACUUCAUGCUGUCAAGCUGGUGGGCAAAGACCCUGUUUGUCAUCAUUGGACUCUUCACUGGCUGUUAUUUUUGCUGCUGCCUGUGCUGCUGUUGCAACUGCUGCUGUGGACGCUGCCGGCCCAAAUCAUCAGUGCCAGAAGAGGACUUUUAUGUGUCCCCAGAGGAUCUUGAGGAGCAGAUCAAGACUGACAUGGAAAAAGAUGUGGACUUUCCAGUUGUUCUCCAGCCUACAAAUGCAAAUGAGAAAACACAGCUAAUCAGAGAAGAACCUCGAAGUUAUUGCACAGACUCUUAAUAUUGAGACCACUGAGGGUCUACAAUACAUCUUCUUGGUUCAACCAUGUCUCCAGGUGGUCAUGGGAGGGCAGGGUAGGGGGCAUGAAAUGCUGUGAACUUUUCCACAUUUGUAUUUUAUUUUUUAGGUUAGGGAAAGAUGAUUGCUACAUAGUUUUCUCAGUAAGCAGUCUCACUCUUUGAGUAGAAUUCCUAAUGAAACACAUUCCAUUUUGAUGAAUAAAAGCCUGAAGAGUUAUUUUAUGCUCCUUGCAUGAGGCAAGACAGUAGUACUGGACAGGCUUCAUGAGCUUGCCCUUUAUGUGACCCAGAUCUAAUUCCUUACUGUAGUAUUCCAAACAGAAGCCACUUUUCAUCUAUUUAACUGAAUUGCAAUAUUCCUAUCUGCCACAAAUAUCAUCAGCAAAACAUAUAUGAGAAUUUAAGAGCAAUCUUGUGUAUGUGUGGAGACUUUUCCCUGUCAAUAUUCAAUAUGGCUAGAGAAAUAUUUCAAGAGGCAGGAAGAAAUUAUUAGGUAAAAAAGACAAAUCACUUAAUUUUGAAGUAUAUCUUUGAAAGAUUAAAAACUGUCAUUUGCUAGAAAUUGUUGAGUAAAACCAAGAAGAAAGGUUUUGUGUGUACUUUUAGAUUGGCACAAAAACAAAAACAAAAUAUCAACCUGGUUAAGUUUAUGGUUUUUCUGGAUCCAGAAAAAUUCCCAAACCAGCCCUAAAAAUGUGUUGACCAUUUUUUUAAGUAAAAAUAAUUUUUCUACAACUGACCUAAAUUAGACAAAGUGAGGAAAAGAAACAUAUAGGGUAAAAGGUAGAAUUCUGAAUUCUACAGCCUAACUUUAGACUUAAAGGCAUAUCAUUUACCCCUUUUUGGGUGGGAUUAAUUACACUGAUCAGAAAGUACUCAGCUCUGUGCAUGUUGAACAAUUAAGCUCAAAGGUCAUGUCUGCAUUUACUGUUUGAUCUUUAUAUUCAUUAUGUGAUCAAAACCAUGUGCUAAAACCAUGUUCUAAAAUAGUACAGAAAGUGUUUGUUUUUUCUUGGUUCUUUAUAUAAUAUUGCAGCUUUCAAGAUCUUAUUAUGUUUUUAUAUAAUACUGCAUGAAAUGCCAUUUUCUUUUUAUGUUUCUUAUUCUCCCCUACCACCAAAUUACAGUCAAAUGAGCCUAAAUAUACAUUGUAAGUGAAAAUUGGUAUUAUAACUCUGACAGUUAUGAAGUCAUUAAAACUCUACUUUAACUGA